UUCAACCACACAUUCAAGAAGGGAUCUUAGCAGCUUAGUAAUGUGGGAGUGCGACUGCAGGAGGGAGAGGAUUGAAGCGGGAAAUGGCGAAUUCUAUCUACAGAGCUUCGAUGCUUCAAUCUUAUUCUCAGCUGCUUUUUCAACCUUGUUUAUCGAAUAAACAUUGUGUUCCCAAGAAGACUAACUUGCUCUGUUUUGCUUCAUCACAACUCAACCCUGCUCGGUCAGAAGUGAGUUUUUGUACUGGAACUCACCUCAUUCCUCAUCCAAACAAGGUGGAGAGAGGUGGAGAAGAUGCUUUCUUUGUUAGCAACUUCAAGGGGGGAGUUAUUGCUGUUGCUGAUGGUGUUUCUGGUUGGGCUGAACAAAAUGUGGAUCCUUCAUUAUUUUCUAAGGAGCUAAUGGCUAAUGCUUCAUCUCUUGUAGGGGAUUUGGAGGUUAAUUACGAUCCCCAGAUCCUGAUAAGAAAAGCACAUGCCGCCACUGGCUCUAAAGGUUCGGCUACUGCUAUCGUUGCCAUGCUAGAGAGGAAUGGAACCAUGAAGGUUGCCAGUGUAGGUGAUUGUGGAUUAAGAGUUAUCCGCAAAGGGCAGAUAAUAUUUUCAACGACCCCACAAGAACAUUACUUCGACUGCCCAUAUCAAUUGAGCUCGGAGUUAGUUGGCCAAACGUAUCUUGAUGCUGUGGUUAGCAGUGUGGAAUUAGUGGAAGGAGACACCAUAGUAAUGGGCUCGGAUGGGUUGUUUGACAAUGUUUUUGAUGGAGAGAUCGUUUCUACGUUGGCGGCUCAUAGUGAUGUUGUGGAGGCUGCGAAGGCAUUGGCUAACCUGGCAAGCAAUCACUCUCUGGAUUCAAGGUUCGACUCUCCCUACACAAUAGAGGCCAGAUCCAAGGGUUUAGAUGUUCCUUUUUGGAAGAAAUUUCUGGGGAUGAAGCUAACAGGUGGAAAGCUUGAUGAUAUCACCGUGAUUGUGGGUCAGGUUAUAACCUCAGCUGCCAGUCCACAGCUAACUUGAACGAGGUUCAGAUG